GGGCCCCCCAGGUGAAUUUCUCACGCGGUGGGGGGUGAAGAGCGGAGCUGGACCUGGUGGACUGGGGUGGGGCCACGUCCUCCGGGAGACCGCGGGACCAGGCAGCCCAGCCCCGGGGACCCAGCGGGAUCUCAAGGGGUCGGCCGAGCGCAGGAGGGAGACCCGAGGCCACCGCCAUGGCCGUGGGGAACAUCAAUGAGCUGCCGGAGAACAUCCUGCUGGAGUUCUUCACACACGUGCCCGCGCGCCACCUGCUGCGGCGAUGUCGCCCUGUCUGCAGCCUCUGGCGGGACCUCAUUGACCUCGUGACGGUCUGGAAGCGCAAGUGCCUGCGCGAGGGCUUCAUCACCCAGGACUGGGACCGACCUGUGGCCGACUGGAAGGUCUUCUACUUCCUGUGCAGCCUCCGCAGGAACCUCCUGCACAACCCCUGUGCUGAAGAGGGGUUUGAAUUCUGGAGCCUGGACGUGAAUGGCGGCGAUGAAUGGAAAGUGGAGGCCCUGUCCCGGGAGCAGAGGAAGGAGUUUCCCAACGACCGCGUCAAGAAAUACUUUGUGACUUCAUAUUACACCUGCCUCAAGUCCCAGGUGGUGGACCUCAAGGCCGAGGGGUACUGGGAGGAGCUCAUGGACACAAUGCGGCCGGACAUCGAGGUCAGAGACUGGUUCGCAGCCAGGCCAGACUGCGGGUCAAAGUACCAGCUGUGCGUCCAACUGCUGUCGUCUGCUCAUGCACCUCUGGGGACCUUCCAGCCAGACCCAGCGACGAUCCAACAGAAAAGUGAUGCCAAAUGGAGAGAGGUCUCCCACACGUUCUCCAACUACCCACCUGGUGUGCGCUACAUCUGGUUCCAGCACGGCGGCGUGGACACUCACUACUGGGCCGGCUGGUACGGCCCGAGGGUCACCAACAGCAGCAUCACCAUUGGGCCCGCGCUGCCCUGACGUCCCCUAAGCCCCCAACCUCGGAACCCUAGCGGGUAAAAUGCUCUCCAAGAAGGGCUGGGCCAGGGUCAGGAAAGGGGCAUGCCAGCCAGGUGUGCCCAGACCGUGCCCCUGAUAGGUUUUGACGGUGUCACAGCAGAGAAACAGGCAGAAGGAAAAAGAGAAAGGGGCUUUAUCAUAAAGGAAAAGGGACUUCAUUAUCU